AUGUCGCUCUUCCGUAGCGGCCGGACUGCCGCCGUGCAGCUCCGCGGUUUCUCAACCUCCUCCAGCCUCCGAGUCGGACCUGACUCACCCAACUUCAUCGAGAUUCCCCAAUCGGUUCAGCCGUACCAGCCCGCCAAACGCACUGUCAAGGGUACCCUUCCUGUGCCCCGUGAAAUCUUUUCCCGCCGACGCGCGGACAAGCCUACGGAGGCGUACAUCCGAGCUGCGAUCCCUCUCCCCGUGGACAGCAAAGACAUCAACCCCAACGAGCCCAAUGCCGAGUACCGACAAUGGAAGAAGACAAUGGCCGAAAUGCGAAGGACGAACUUCAGACAGGGAUUGAAGGCAUUGCACAAGCGAAAGCAAAUGACAGAUAAGAUCAUGGCGCAGCAAAGUCGCGAAAAACAACGACGACGUGCACAGGUUCUCAAGCAGGGAGAACGGGAGGAUGUGUUGCUUACCCGGCCUUCGGUCAUCAAGGAGAUGCUCCCCCAACACAAUCCUGUUUUGCCAGAUCCCAACCGAGAGGAGCGGCUCGCCCUUUCCAAAGCACGCCUUGAGGAGAAGGCGUUGCUGAAGGAGCAGGGCCGACGGGACGCGCUACACACCCUUUAUAUGAAUGCUCGCGACUUCAUCGUCAACGAGCAGCAGCUCGCUGCGGCGAUCGACAAGGCCUUCCCCUCAGGAGUCAAUGAAGCUUGGCGCAACGACCAAGCUAAUGGCGAGAACGUCUGGAACCUCGGCUUCCCUCCGACAGUGCAAGAGGCUCUCUUACAAGGUACGAGGGGAGACACUGACCGCUGGGAUAAGAUGCAGACUAGGGUCAAGAAGCUGGGAGAGGAGAUCACUGGUGGAAAGCUAUAA